CCCCUCAUUUCGGAGAUCUGUAUCACCAUAGUUUCCUCACUACAGAAGCCCCUAGUAAUCUAAUAGUGAUGGACAAGUAUGGGAGACCUCCAAUGUCCGUCUUCACAGUGGAGGACUACAUCCAGCCAUCAGCCCCCAGUAUCUCAAUGGUGAGUAGGAAAUCGGGAAGGGGCACACUAUUGAUUCAGGCGGUGCUGCUCUUCUUCUCUCUGCUGGCCUUGUGCGGAGCAGCUUCCGAAAUCUACUACUUGAUGAAGGUGGAGUCCAGCAUCCGAAAUCUGCUACUCAAUGGAAGUGCCACUCAGGGCAUGAUACAAGGAAAUGUUCCACAGAAAAUGAUCUUCAGACCAGGCUUUCGAGAUGGACCUCCUUUACCCUCCGCUCAUGUCACAGGACUUGUUGUUGGAGACCCUUCCUCAAAUUCUCCUCUUGAGUGGGAGCAUACGAGAGGCCUAGCUUUCCUCCACGAGGUGGAAUACAACAAUGGGUCACUGGUGUGCUCCAAGAGUGGAUUAUACUUCAUAUACUCCAAGCUGCAGUUGGGAUCACCCAAAUGCCCAAAAGACACGAAGAAUUCAGUAUUUUCUCAUCAGGUCUUAAAGAGGAGCCUAAACUCAAAAAUACCCAUGAUAGAGAGCAUAAGAAGGUUCUGUGACAUCCCAGGCUCCUCCACGUGGAGAGGAAGCAGCUUUCUAGGUGGCACCUUCAUGUUGGCGAAGGGUAAUGAAGUCUACGUGAGCAUGUCGCAUAAAAAUCUCAUUCGAGUCCAAGGGGACACGAUGACUUUCUUCGGAAUGUUCAUGGUUUCCACAGCUUUCGAUCAAUGACUGGGAAUCUAAAAUGGUCCAAAGGUGUCCUGACAGAGAGAGAUGGAAAAGGACUCUCUAAAAUUACUCCGUCAGUCUGAAUCCCUCAAGAUAAAAUCUUGAAGGAGAAUUGUUGGUAGGGCCACCACCAAAACGACCAACGCAAGGACCACCAACCACCUAAAAGACUCUUGAAGACUCUCUCGAAGAACUAUCAGUUAAAAUAUCUCUAGGAAAGUUCUAUUGUUUUACCCUAUGAGGCAAAUACCUUUUUGUUGUAUGGUUUAGAACAGGAGUCUCAAACUAUGGCCCUUCAGAUAUUGCAAAACUUCAACUCCCGGCAUGCUGGGAGUUGAAGUUUUGCAAUAUCUGAUGGGCCACAUUUGUGACUACUGGUUUAGAAAAACCACCAGAGUCAUGGCUGGUGCAAGGAUUUUUGACUACACAGGAAAAGAAGCAUUUUGAUGACCCCACCCCAAUCACCUGCCUCUCCCCUACCCACUCUGGCGAUAAGGCCAUUAUGUGAAGCACUGCCACACAGCCUAAUCGGUACCCCCAAUGUCCUCCUGAAGUAAAGCAUCCAAUUCUCCUGCCAGUGAGUGGUUGGGGAUUCAGAUCUUCACGCUCCUACCAGCUCGACACCCUAAGGCAGCUGCCUUAGCUGCCUUAUGGUAGCACCGGGCCUGGCCAGAGUCACAAAAUGUCAGCCUUGAGGAUCAACUUGAGUAAAACUUUAUGUGGCCUUUUGAGAAUUCGGGUUGGUUGAUCAAGAACAAGAACCCAAAUUGGGACCUUUUGUAUCUUUUAUUAGAUAAUGUUAAUUUAUCUCUUAAUUUAACAGUAAAACUAUUGACAUGUCCAUUUUAAUAUAAUAUUGUAAAUAUAGAAUGUAUGCGAAAGAUGUAGAAAACCUAUAAAAAGGCCAGAAGCUGUAGAUUUUCCUUAGUCUGAAGUAUGGCAAAGGUGAAGGACUUUAAAAAAGAUGAAUAUUACAUUAUGUAAAUUUGAUAUCAAUAAAGAUUUAA